UGUUAACACCUGUAGGCUCAUAGCAAUUUGCAGUGCAGAUCCUGUUUUUGUUGUCUGUUGGAGGUUCUGAGGCUGCCCGUCAGCUUAGAGGACAAGUCAAUGCUGAGCGUGGUCAACGAUCCCUCCUUAACACAUUCCCUUUCAAUGCUCAAGGAGCUGAUGCACACGCACAUGAUCAUCAUGCACAUGUAGAGACACCUGCCCGUCUUAUCCCAUCUCAGAGUAUUGCUCCUCGUGGUGAUCGUCAAGGAGCUGCUGAUACUGAUGUUAGCUUCCCUGCUGUUGCUGCUUCAAGUCCUGGAGCUGAUGGCAAAAGAUGUAUUGACAAGGUCGAGAUGGUUGAGGAGACUGAAUAUGAUGAAGUUGUCCAGUGUGACCAUUCCUACGACAGAAGGUGUCACACCACCUAUGUCACCAACUACGAGUCCCAGCAGGAGGAGGAGUGCGAGGAAAACUUCAGAAAGAACUGUUUCAUCAACUACGAGAAGAUUGCCUUCAAUGAGACUGUUCAAGUAUGCAGAACUCCACUGGUGAAGGACUGUGAUGUCCAGGGACCUGAAAUCUGCAGAACUGAGUAUGAAUCAGAGUGCUGGACCAAGCAGGAAGUUCAUGAUGUUGAAGAUGAUGUUGUUGAGUGUGAAACCAUCCAGGAUGAGAAGUGUGCUGAUGAAACCUCUGGAUACACCACUCUCACCAAGUGCUCCAAGUGGCCUAGAGAAGAAUGCAAGGUUACUAAGAAGGCAGUGCAGAAGUAUACCCCUAUCACUGGAUGUACCAAGGAGCCUAGGGAGUUGUGUGCCCCUGCAGGAUGUGGGUUCAAGGAGGGAGCUGAGGAAUGCUUUGACAAAACACAGACUGUUGUCCAGGAUGCUCCCAAGGAAGAAUGCUCCCUAGAACCCCAGAGAACCUGUGCUCAUGUCACCAAGCUGGUUCCCAAGUUGGAACCCACUGAGGAGUGUGUUGAUGUACCUAAAGAGGUGUGCACAAGAGCAAGAACCAACCCCAGGAAGGUGAAGAAGCCCGUUGUCAAGAAGUGGUGUUACACUCCUUCCGCUGAAUCUGGUCUUGCUUAAACAUAACAACUAAUGAUAACAUCCUUGUGAUCACUGAAGUUUCAACUGGUUUCCCCUUUAAGUGGCAUUAUUACACUAGUCCAUUCGUUGAACGGUUUUCAUAAAAAUUAUGAAACUCCUAUUAGAAAAAACUUGUAUAAAAUAUUUGUUUUUAUUUUAGCCUUAAAAACUAAAUAUAUUUUACAGUUUGAAAUAAAACACUGCCAACAUGAUAA